CAGAAAUAUGAAACCCGAUUUGCCUUCGUGUUCGCGAACAGCUUGAGCGUCGUCUUUUCGCAAUGUGCAAAUCUUUGCAUUUUCUUUGUGCUUGUUGCCAUACAGUUUCUAAAACCACAGCUGUAUUCAGAUAGCUGAUUCUUAAGAGAGAUCACUACUUUUCACUCUGCUCAAGGAUAAAUCAUUUCGAGUCCAUUUUUCAUCGCCGUCUUGGCUUUCUGAUUUAGAAUAACUGGAAACCGAAUGUUCAUAUCUUUGAAUGAAGCAACAACAACAACAAAAAAAACACUCAUUUUGGGAAAAUUCUUUAACGGAGGUGGAGAGUUUUUUUUAUCCUCCGGAAAGGGGAAGUAGUUUUCAGUUCUUCGGGCAUUAACAUGGUCAUCUAUCCCAAGCAGCGGCAUUAGGAUGGCUGAGAGAUUGUCUGACUAAUGUUUGUACGUUUCACCUCUUAGCUGAUGCGAAGAAAGCGACGUCAGCAGUAACCCGGACUAUUCGCUAGGACUAAGCUUCCCUGCAUUGCCAGGAGAAUACUUUCUGGGGACUGAAAUGAUAAUGUGAAACACUGACUGUGUUUCUUUGCUUUGUUUUUUGGAGGAUCCGUGUAGGGAAAAAAAGAUGGCGAGCUCUUUGAUUAACGUGUCUCUUGCCUUGGUUUUCUUCGGAUUUCUCCUCUGCACUUUUCCAGCUGUCACGGGGGAGAUCGUGGAACAAGAAGAGGAAGAUGAAAGUUCUUGUCAAGGUGUUUUCGACUUGUACUUUGUCCUCGACAAAUCCGGAAGUGUCAAAAAUCACUGGAUGGAGAUCUACUCAUUUGUCGAGCACCUGGCAGAAAAAUUCAGGAGCCCCCUGCUGAGGAUGUCCUUCAUCGUGUUCUCCUCUCGGGGAAACACUUUGAUGAAACUGACGGAAAACAGAACUGAAAUAGCUAAAGGACUGAAAAUUUUGGAAAAAGAGAUACCUGGUGGUGAUACGCUGAUGGAUCUGGGUCUGAAGAAGGCUAAUGAACAGAUAAACCACGGCACGGCGAGUGUCAUCAUCGCGCUGACCGACGGGGAACUCAGCGAGCAGCAGCUAGUCAGCGCCCAGCAGGAGGCGGAUAAGGCGCGAUCCUUGGGGGCAAUUGUCUACUGCGUGGGCGUCAAGGACUUCAAUGAGACACAGCUGGCCACCAUUGCAGACACCCUGGACCACGUAUUUCCUGUGGUGGGCGGCUUCCAGGCCCUGAGAGGGAUGAUAGACUCGAUCAUCAAGAAGUCGUGCAUCGAGAUCCUAGCAGCUGAGCCCUCGAGUGUUUGUGCUGGAGAGUCCUUCCAGGUGGUACUCAGAGGCAACGGAUUCUCACACGCCAGGGACACGGAGCAGGUGCUGUGCAGCUUCAAGGUCAAUGACACCAUCACCCUUAACGAGAAGCCAGCAAAAAUCGAAGACACGUACCUCCUAUGUCCCGCGCCAGUGAUCCAUGAAGUUGGGAAGGUGGUCUAUCUGCAGGUGAGCAUGAACAACGGCUUGUCGUUCAUCACCAGCUCUGUGCACAUCACCACCACCGAGUGUUUCGACGGCACCAUCCUCCUCAUCACACUGCUAGUUCUCUUCCUGUUGUUGGCUCUUCUCUUCAUGUGGUGGUUCUGGCCACUCUGCUGCACCGUGGUCAUCAAGGAGCCGCCACCACCCCCUCCUCCAGAGCCAGAGUCGGACGAUGAGGACGGGCUGCCCAAGAAGAAGUGGCCCACUGUAGACGCCUCGUAUUACGGGGGCCGGGGAGUCGGUGGCAUCAAGAGGAUGGAGGUGCGCUGGGGGGGUCGGGGUUCUACCGAGGAGGGGGCCAAGCUGGAAAAACCCAAGAACGCCGUGGUCAAGAUGCCGGAGCAGGAGUACGAGCCUUUCGAGCCCAAACCGAAGAAGGCGAACAGGAAGCCAGCCCAGGACAGGAAGUGGUACUCGCCAAUCCGGGGUAAACUGGAUGCGCUGUGGGCCCUGUGCCGGCGAGGUUACGACCAGGUGUCACUCAUGAGGCCCCAGCCUGGCGAUCAGGGCCGAUGUAUCAACUUUACCCGGGUGAAAGAGGAGGCGGCCCGGGCGCCCCCCCGGACGCAGCAUACGCCUCCCCCGCCUGACUAUCGGCCUCUGAUCCAGCCCACCACUCCUCCUCCCUCCAGCUGCCCCAUCUACACUCCCGCUCCCCAAAGUCAGCUGCCACCGAGGCCCCCACCUUCCCGCGCGCCUCCAGGCCUCCACGGCCCCCCGCCCUCACGCCCGCCCCCUUGUCUGGACCGCCCAUGAGACCGGCAAAGGACCCCGCCCUCCCGUGCAGCCUAAGCUUUUUAAAAAUAAUAAUAAUAAUUAAAAAAAAAUAAUCUCUCUUGACCGCAAAAUAUUCAGUGCCUGUUCAGGGGCUGGGGAUCCGUGUGUGAGUUGUUGUUUGUUGCAGGACAGCAAAAAAAAUAUAUAUAAGGAAUAAAAAUGUAAUUUGAGGAAAAAAUAUUAACUACUGAGAAUCCAGGAAAAUGUUACAGUCCAGAUAACCGCAGAUCGCGAUCCGAUUGUCGUUUUUCUUGAUGUAGCUUGUGCCGCAUGAUGACAUUGAUGAACGGGAAGUCGGAACUUUGCCGAGGGACGAUCGCACCCCUUUAAAAAGUACGAUCCCCGUAUUUCACAGUUAGCUGGAGGAGGGCAAAACCAAAAAUUGCCAAGACCCCUUUUCUCCAGUAAAACUGAAUUAUCAGAUGCCAAAGGUUUAAAAAGAGACAUCCAACCAACUACCUGAUCGCAGCCAAAAACAGGCCUAUAUAGAAGGGGUCUGGGACCGUGGUUUUGCCUCUUUGGAUUUGGCUUGCAUGCAAUCUACAGCCAGCCAGCCAGUCCUGAUCUAAAGCCUUUUCCCCACAGACAGAUAACCGCAAUGUGCAGGGACACAUAACUCAGAGACGUUCGGUUGAUUUUAUUUCUACGCGCACUCAGGUUAGCAUCAGCCUUCAUGCCUUAAUCGGGGCAGAAGCACCACAGCCUUUACUAGUUAUCGCUGGUUAUAUGCGGACACAAAGGUCCAUGCAAGUAAAGCGGACGCAGAGAAGUUACGUUACGCCGAUUGUGCAAAUGCCAGGUAUAAUCUAGAAAGCUUUUUGUACGUUUGGAAGUGGCUUUCUAUCAUAAAUAAGAAAGCAGGUUUACAGUGAAUAUGAAGCCUGUCCUUGGAAGAGAUUUUGUAAGAGAUUUUGAAGCAGAUUUGGGGAGCCGGAAUAGAUUUGAUGCGUUGUUAAACUUCACCCGUUGUACAAAUGAUCAUUUUGCUAACACACAAACACAAAUCAGUCGUAUAAAGUGUAUGGUAUAUAUAUUCCAUAACUGUACUGUAUAUUAAUGUGUUUUAACAGUUUUUCUCAGCAGACACAUUGCAACUGCAGGGCAGUUCUCAGCUUCUAAUUUAUAAAACCCAGAAUCUAAUAGGAAGGUACUUGAAUACGACAAGGUGUCCGGUGUUAAGUCAGGGCACUAUGCAUGUGAUUAAAAUAAAUGUAAAAAAAAAAAAAAUCAGUUAACCUCAUUUAACACAAGUGCCUUCUACUAGUGAUGGACAAUUGAAGCUUCGUGAACCAUUUGCUGUAUUUUUUGACCCCACUAGAUGGUGCUCUUGGUUUGCUUUGGGACAUGCUUUGAGCCCUUUUUUGAACAGAGAGCACCAUCUGAUGGGGUCAGAAGAUACAGCAAAUGGUUCAUGAAGCUUCGUUUGUCCAUCACUACCUUCUGCGUUUCCAUUUUUCCUCUCCACCUUAUUUGGCGGCUGAUUUCAAUUAUGCAGUUUACUUUUUUUGUGAUAUUACUUUCUUAAAUCUUUUAAAUGUUACACUGUCAGGUGGGAAAGGGUUUGCAUGUAUACAUUAUUUUUUUUUAAACACGCUGUCCUAACUGGUACAAGACACGCACACACACUUAGAACUCAGUGGUAUUUUAAACCAUAUAUGAAUUCUGCUUGGUGUCAGUGGUGAAUUUGUUGACAUGUUAAAUACAGCUUCCAGGCUAAAAGUGCAACGCGACGGUGUAGUUACAGGCACAGUGAAUUUAUCUAAACAUUGUGUAUUUAGUAGUCCUUUGUACCCAUUUUAGUUCCUAUUGCUUCGAAAUGACUACAAAGAAAUCAAGGCAUCUGUAUCCCAGAACAGGCUCUGAUGUGUAAGGCUACGUAAAUGUUAGCUAUUAUUCUACACAUAUUAAGUACUGCAAGAAAUACUCUUUAUGAUUGAAUUUCCUUUCACAGUACUAAUAAAGUUUAAUUUCCAAA